AAAGAAACACAAUUUAAUUCAAUCCUUUAUCUCUAGAUAAUAUCCAAUUCAUCAAGAAGCAAGAAAGAAGGGUCGAUCAAUCAAGUAUUGAGCUUGCUUGUAGCUCAUGACUCUUUUAGUCAAUGUCCUCAACCAUGUCGCGGUCCCACAAACAUUAAAACUCAACAGCUCAACUCAUAGAAAUAGAAAAAACACAAAAGAAGGAAAGGAAGAUAUGGUGUGCUAAUUGCCACAAAAUGUGGAUGUGUGUGGCAAAUACACUACUUGUCAUUACAACCUCAUAAUACUGUCUUAUCUCAUCUUGUUAAUGUUACACCUUACUAUCAGACAAACUUUACAUUUUGUUUUCUCUAAAACACACUUGUUCACGACUUACGAGGCAUUCAGACACUUUGGAUAUUGGUACCUAGCAUUCAUUCCCCACUUACCCUGGGAAAUUAGCAAACGCAGCCCCUUCAAUCCUUGCUUCUGUGCGACGGCGCCACCGCGCUAGCAGCCGCCACUUUUUUGGUCCCUGCUUACCACGGGCGGCGGCAGGUAGCAGGUACCAGGUAGCAGGAAGUAACUAGUUGCUUUUGACUCUUCGUCCUCCCUCAAAGAUUUGGCAUUUGAGGCCUAUUGUUGAAGUUACACAUGGGUUGAUGAAUUAGCUUUCAGUUAUGGGACUAAGGGAAGAUGGAUGAUGGGUUUUACAGUAACUGGCUCUUUGCUUUACCAGUUGAUUGGAAGAUUAUUAAUUUCCUUUCAAUUAUAUCUUCAUGAUAGUCAGGUUAGGCUUGUUGGUUGGUGCUUCGAUCGCAGCCUAUACCGUUAGGCAGAUUAAUGUCAAAGGUCCAAAGCCAUCAAAGUCCUCAGUUAAACAUACAGAUAAUGAUGAAGCUGUUACUGAGCAUAAUCAAGAACAGCAAGAAGAGGAGAUUCUUGACUUCUCAAAUAUCAGCAGCGAUGGGAAGGAGCAGGAAGAGGAAAAAGAAGAGGUUAAACUAAUAAGCGGGGAAAUCAACAGUCCCAUUGUUGAUACAUUUGACAUUGGGGAGGAUGAAUUUGAAGAGCUUUUAUCAGGGCAGAUUGAUUUUCCUGUACCAGAUGCAGAGAUAAGUGCUAAGGCUGAUCGUCAGAGAGUUUACGAUGAAGAGAUGGCAAAUAAUGCAAGUGAACUAGAACGGUUGCGCAACCUAGUAAAGGAACUAGAGGAGAGAGAAGUAAGACUAGAAGGGGAACUGUUGGAAUAUUAUGGUUUGAAAGAGCAAGAGUCUGACGUAAUAGAGCUCAACCGGCAGCUUAAGAUCAAGACUGUUGAAAUUGACAUGCUAAAGGUUACCAUUAACUCACUUCAAGCAGAAAGGAAAAAACUUCAAGAAGAGAUUGAGGUAGGAGUUUCUACUAGGAAGGAUCUCGACUUAGCAAGGAAGAAAAUUAAGGAGUUGCAGAGACAAAUUCAGCUUGAAGCAAAUCAGACAAAGGGCCAACUUUUGCUGCUUAAACAGCAAGUUACUGGUUUGCAGUCUAAGGAGGAGGAGGCUUACAAGAAGGAUUCUGAAGUUGAAAAGAAAGCUAAAGCUGUUAAAAAAUUGGAGGCUGAUGUAUCAGAACUUAGGAGAAAAAAUAUUGAGCUUCUGCAUGAAAAGAGAGACUUGUUGAUUAAAUUAGAUGCUGCUGAAGCCAAAGCAGGUGUACUUUCCGACAUGACAGAGACUGAAAUGGUUGCAAAGGUUAGAGAGGAGGUCAACGAGUUGAAGCAUGCAAAUGAAGAUUUGCAAAAGCAGGUUGAAGGACUUCAGAUGAAUCGGUUCAGUGAAGUUGAAGAGUUGGUCUACCUACGCUGGGUGAAUGCAUGCUUAAGACAUGAACUUCGCAACCAUGAGACACCUGCUGGAAAGAUGUCUGCUCGUGAGCUUAGCAAGAACUUAAGUCCUAAAUCCCAAGAGAAGGCAAAACAACUCUUGUUAGAUUAUGCAGGCUCUGAACGUGGACAAGGGGACACGGAUCUUGAGAGCAAUUUCUCUCAACCAUCUUCCCCGGGAAGUGAGGAUUUCGAUAACAUGUCAAUUGACAGUUCGACAAGUAGAUACAGUAGUCUUAGUAAGAGACCAAGCAUAAUCCAAAAGCUAAAGAGAUGGGGUAAAAGCAAAGAUGAUUCAAGUACACUUUCAUCACCUGCUAGAUCAUUCUCAGGAAGCUCACCAAUGAGGGCUAGCAUGAGUAAGCAAAGGGGGCCACUGGAAUCCUUGAUGGUAAGAAAUGCAAGUGACAGUGUAGCAAUAACCUCGUUUGGGAAGGCAGAACAGGACUUGGAUGGAUAUGAAACCCCGGACCUCCCUCGCCUAAAAACACGGGUUCCUUCCAGUGAUUCUCUGAAUACCGUUGCAGCUUCAUUUCAGCUGAUGUCAAAAUCGGUAGAAGGAGGCAUAGAUGAAAAGUAUCCUGUAUACAAAGACCGGCAUAAAUUGGCAUUGGAAAGAGAAAAACAGCUCAAAGACAAGGCAGAGCAAGCAAGAGCUGAAAAAUUUGGUGACAAAUCAGGUUUGAAGCCUGAGUUUAAGGUGAGUAACAGAUCAGUAGCUUUGCCACCAAAGCUUUCUCAGAUAAAGGAGAAGGUACCGGUUCCUAGUAAUACUAGUGGCCAAUCUGGUGAUAGUAAAAUGGCUGAUUCUUCAGUGGUGAGCAAAAUGAAGCUUGCAGAAAUCGAGAAAAGGCCUCCCAGGGUGCCACGCCCCCCACCAAAAUCAUCUGGAACCAACGCUUCAGGUGGAAAUGUUAAUGUCUCUAGUGGAAUACCAUCUGGAGGACCACCACCUCCACCCCGUCCUCCUGGUGCACCUCCGCCACCACCACCACCCCGUGCUCCUGGUGCACCUCCGCCUCCCCCUCCACUACCAGGUGGCCUAUCAAGAGGGACCGGAAACGGCGACAAGGUUCACCGAGCUCCUGAAGUUGUUGAGUUUUAUCAAAGCCUGAUGAAACGUGAGGCAAAGAGAGAUACAACAACUCUGAUAUCGACUACUUCUAAUUCAGCUGAUGCAAGGAGCAAUAUGAUUGGCGAGAUUGCAAACAAAUCAACCUUCCUCUUAGCAGUGAAAGCUGAUGUUGAAACUCAAGGUGACUUUGUUCAAUCAUUAGCAACUGAAGUCCGGGCAUCUUCUUUCACCGACAUAGAAGACCUGGUUGCAUUUGUGAACUGGCUGGAUGAAGAACUUUCCUUCUUGGUUGAUGAAAGGGCAGUUCUCAAGCACUUUGACUGGCCUGAGGGUAAAGCGGAUGCAUUAAGAGAGGCUGCAUUUGAAUAUCAAGAUCUGGCAAAGUUGGAGAAACGAGUCUCAUCUUAUGAAGAUGAUCCAACCAUUCCUUGUGACAAAGCUCUCAAGAAAAUGUACUCAUUGCUUGAAAAGGUUGAACAAAGCGUGUAUGCAUUGUUGCGCACGCGUGACAUGGCUAUUUCAAGAUAUAAGGAGUUCGGAAUUCCAGUGAAUUGGUUGAUGGACUCGGGAAUUGUUGGCAAGAUAAAGUUAUCAUCGGUACAAUUAGCUAAGAUGUACAUGAAGCGGGUGGCAACAGAGCUUGAUAUACUCAGCGGUCCAGAAAAGGAACCAAACAGAGAAUUCAUUCUCUUACAAGGCAUUCGAUUUGCAUUCCGGGUACAUCAGUUUGCCGGGGGUUUUGAUGCAGAAAGCAUGAAAGCAUUUGAAGAUUUGAGAAAUCGCGCUAACACACAAUCAAGUGAAGAUAGUAAGCUGGAAAUAUGAUAGUGGUAUUCUAUUGUUUCACUUAAAAACACUAUAUUUGUAAUUUUGUAUACAGUUAUCUUGUACAUCUUAUCAUUACUUGUAAACUUCAGGCAUAUAUUAGCAAUUUUAUACAAGUUUCUUUGAGGUUAAAAAGGAAAAAAAAUUACUUGCACAAGCAAGAGGUUCAUUCAUAUUUCAGUGGCAUUCUCAAAAUCUUGAUUCU